GGAUUGAACGUCCCCCUCUCUUCCUCUGAUUGGCCAGCAGGGGGUCUGACGGAGCGGGGCGGGUCCUUCGCGUGGUAUCUCGCCCUCUGAUUGGCCAGGCGCGUCUAGAGUGACUGGAGCGCAGCGGCGGAGGCGCAGCGGAGAAUCACAGCAGCACAAACCCACUGCGCUCAUGGCAUCAAGGAGAAUGGAGACCAAACCAGUCAUUACCUGCCUCAAAACGCUCCUCAUCGUCUAUUCCUUCGUGUUCUGGAUCACGGGGGCGAUCCUGCUUGCAGUGGGAUUAUGGGGGAAAUUCAUUCUGGGUCCGUACAUCUCUCUGAUUGCUGAGAACUCCACUAAUGCUCCCUACGUGCUCAUCGGGACCGGGACCACCAUCAUCGUGUUCGGACUGUUUGGAUGCUUCGCCACGUGCCGCGGGAGCCCAUGGAUGCUCAAACUGUACGCCAUGUUCCUGUCUCUGGUGUUCCUGGCCGAGCUGGUCGCUGGCAUCUCGGGCUUUGUUUUCCGUCAUGAGAUCAAAGGCACCUUUAUGAGGACAUACAACGAGGCCAUUCAGAACUACAACGCCCAGGACGAGAGGAGCAUCGCGGUGGACAACAUCCAGAGGAGUUUGCGUUGUUGUGGAGUACUGAACUACACCAGCUGGUUCUCCAGCGUUUAUUUCCCUGUGAAUGGAAUUCCUCCGAGCUGCUGCGCUAACAUCUCAGACUGCAACUCCUCAGACCUGCGAAACGCCACCAUAGCGGCCACCAAAGUCCAUCAGCAGGGCUGCUAUGAGCUUGUGACGACUUUCAUUGAGACUAACGUGGGCAUUAUUGCUGGAGUAACAUUUGGAAUUGCAUUCUCGCAGCUGAUCGGGAUGCUGCUGGCCUGCUGUCUGUCACGAUUCAUCACUGCCAAUCAGUACGAGAUGGUGUAGAUGGUGUGGUGUAGCACAGGCACAGAAGACGUACGACACCUUGGAAAGGGAAAGCAACCCAAAAAUGCUAGCACACUCUUUCUCAUCUUUUUAUUCUCUCCUCUUUUUAUCUUUCAUUCUGUCUUUCCUGCCUUCUAUUUUUCUCCUUUCCGUCAUUCCUUAAUCAUGCAGUUGUGCCAUGACCAAAGCCUCUCCUUUCGAAACGUCAGCGUUAGCGAGGAAAAGGAAAUGGUUUUAAGACGUACUCCUGCGCACGCGUACUUUACUCUGUACAAAAACCUUGCAUGCGGAAACCAUCUUACACACACUAGAACUAAAGUCAACAGCGUUUCUGUAACACCGCGUCCUAACCAGUCACAUACAAGCCAAUCGAUAUCGCAAUCACUAUCUAGCUGCAUAUCAAAUAUGUUCAGGUUAGCUGUGGUUUUGUCUCUUUUUCUAUUUUUAGACAGAGAAAUUACUUAAUAUUUGGAACAUAGACGCAACUCAAGUGUGGUUUGUUAGAUAUCUAUCCCUUUUUUGAGAAGAAAAACUAUUUAAAAGUGUUUUUUUCUUAUCUAUCUGCCAUUUUGCUAGCUUGGUUUCUAUUUGUCACUUUGCAGUUGGUAGCGCCGCCCACAGUGAAUUCUCAUUGGUCCAGAUUGCUGUAUAUUACACAUCAAACAUUCUGAUUAGCUAUUGUGGCUUUGGGCAGUAUUUUCACACAUCUGGUUAGGACAAGGUGUUACUUAACCCCUAAAAAGAGACUUCAAUGCAGAUUUGUUAGUUAAUUGCUUUUUCAAGAGGAAAACUUAAAAAAGGGGAAAAAAAUACAGAUGACAAGAUGUUUUUGUUGUUGUUGUUGCUGUUGUAAAAUCUUUGGCAAAGGGGUUUAUCUCAGAAAUGGCUUUUUUUGUCUUCAUUUUUUGCUCCACAUCUCAGCGCUGGGUUGAAAGUGACUCAACAAAAUCAUGUACAGAGUCAAAAACAUCGAUUUUGUCUUGUCGUGAAAGCCAAAAACAAGCAAUUUUCUGCCACAUUUAGCUGCGUACAGAACUCAAAUACAAUUAGACUGAAGAUUAGACUGACAACAUGUGCCCUUAAAACUAGCGGCUUUUAUGUCAUUGUAAGACAAGGAGAUAUUUCAGAGUACUAUCUAAACACUGUUUAAUGGGCGGUUUAAUGGGUAAUUUUGCAGUUUAUGCGUUGUUGUUACAGUUUUACACCAUACCUACUUUGCGAGACACUGUAUUUGCUAUUAUUUUGUGACUUUUUACUGUAAGAAUGUAAUCAGCUCUGGGAAUUUUCAAUCUGCAUGAGAUAUAUGAAGGAUAACAAGAACUAUAUUUCUAAGAAUGCUUAGAAAAAUAUAAUUAAAAAAUAGCACCUUACAAUAGCUCUAAAAAGGUUAACAUUUGUAUGAACGCUUUGUGAAACAUAUAUAUAUAUAUAUAUAUAUAUAUAUAUAUAUAUAUACACACACACUGUUAUAUUACUUUUUACUCAAAGUAAAAAUAAUAAUCAGCAUGUCAUGCUAGAGUGAUUAUGUUGGUAGGAGAACAGCUCUUAAAAACAGAUAGUUAAACGCUGGAGGAAUUUGAUUUACAACACUAUAUAAAGUGGAAUAAUCACAGGUUUUCUGGAGGUGUUCUGCAUAAUAAAGUGCUUUGUUGGUUCAUUUUUGCAAGAGUGAACCAAGCUUUAGACAAACAAUAAAUUUAUUGUUUAUUUAUUUGCAUGUGUGGUAGAAAUCGCUGCAGUCUUUGGCUUUCUUGACACUUUAUUUUGAAUCGUGAAGCACCGUCAACUGAAUUCCAUAUUUACGUGUAUCAAUGUGCAUUUCUCUUUUUUAAAUUUCAUUUUGUGUUAUUGUUUUGUAUGGUUUUCUCAUUGAUCAUUCAUUCUCAUUUAGGACGUGUAGCUGUUAUAUUAAUGUCAACCCAU